GAAGAAGGAGACGGCGCUUUACUUUGCGUAACAUCAAUAAUUCUUCUUGAAUUUGUACCGAACGUACGCAAGCCCUGACCGAGUACAGCAAUCACUACUUUAGUGGUUCAGUAUUCAUGUCUCGGUGUACGUUGAAGCUUUUAGGGCUUGUUAGCUUGGUUUAGCUUAGCUCGCUAGCCGCUAACAAAGAGAACAAAGAGCCACGUUGGUCAGUAAGGUUUUAGUGACACAUCGCUAAACACAGGUCAAGUGCGAACGUGUCGGGAUUAUCGUGUGAAAAUGUGUGCAAGACCAGCAGCAAAGUACGUGAAGGAAUUUAGUGGAAUAAAAGAGGAGAACGAACGUCAACUCCUGGACGCUGUUUGCAAGCAGCCUCGAGUUGUGUUAAACACAGCAGUUUCCAGGCAGGACACACCCUCUUCCAACUGGCUCGAGGACACGCGAUGCUGCUCUAUCCCGGAGGAACAGACCAUACUGCUGCCAGACGUCAGUGAAAAAUAUCUCCGUCCUUGGCAGCAGGAGCCAGAUUCCCUCCAUGUAAAAAAGGAGGAGGAAGAAGAGCACCCUCUCAUUAAAGAGGAAGCUGAGGACCCCCAUUACAUUAAAAAGGAGCCAGUAACCACCCUGAUUAAAGAGGAAGAGGAGGAUGAUCUCACCGCGUUACCAUUGUACUUUGUUCCUUUGAAGAGUGAAGAUGAAGACAACGGUCAGAGUGAAGAGAAGAGAGAAGCGGACCCUCCAAGCAGCAGCUCAGGUCAACCCACAACAACAGAAGGUGAUGGAGAGCACUGUGGAGGAUCCCACGCCGAUAGUGACAACAUAACGUGCCAAUCUCCUGACAUUGAUGAUGACCAUGAUGAGGAUUAUGAUGAUGAGGAUUAUAAUAAUGAUGAUGAUGAUGAUGGUGAUGGCGAUGAACACUCUGAAGAUGAUAUGGCACGUGACAACAAAGGCUGGAAAUGUUCUCAGUGUGGGAAAACAGGUAGAUCAAAAGGGCAUUUGAACGUUCAUAUGAGACGACACACUGGAGAGAAGCAUUAUGUCUGCUCAGUUUGUGGCAAAAGCUUCUAUGACAAGUCAAGUUUAACCACACACACGAGAAUACACACUGGAGAGAAACCCUUUGUCUGUUCAGUUUGUGGCAAAAGCUAUUCCGCAAAGGCAAGUUUAACAAUGCACACAAGAACACACACUGGAGAGAAACCAUUUAUCUGCUCAGUUUGUGGCAAAAGCUUCUAUGACAAGUCAUCUUUAACAUCGCACACAAGAACACACACUGGAGAGAAACCUUUUGCCUGCUCACUUUGCGGUCUAAGAUUCUCUCAUAAGGCACCUUUUAGAAGACACAAAAAAACACACACUGGAGAAAAACCCUUUCCUUGCUCAGUUUGUGGUAAAAGAUUCACUCAGAAGGGAAACUUAAAAAUACACACAAGAACACACACAGGAGAGAAACCUUUUACCUGCUCAGUUUGUGGUGAAAGUUUCUCUGUAAAGUCGAGUUUAAUAUCUCACACAAGAACACACACUAAAGAGAAACCUUUUGUCUGCUCAGUUUGUGGUCUAAGAUUCUCUCAAAAGGGUCAAUUAGGGAAACACAAAAAAACACACUGAGGAAAAAACAUUCAGUCGCCGUGUGUGUACUAAAAUAUUUUAAGGUAAUGGUUUUAAGAGACACGUGCUGCUGAGAAUAGCAAUUGUUGAAUCUUUUUAAAAACACUGAAGAAAAUUACUCUGUUUUAAUCUGUAAACGUGUUUGUGAUUUUGAAUAAAAUACAAAAGUAAAUUUUUUUGACAAUGAUGUAAAGACUUUAAGCCAAUAAUUGGUUCUGUGACAGAACCAUUGUCAAGUACUCUGUCCUUGUUUAAUUGUAAAUAAAUGCACGAACAUGUAAAUAAAAAAGAUGUCAAUUUGAAAAGGAAGGAGAAGAAGCUGUGCUUAUUAAAUGACCUGAAAUAAAA